GUCAAAAACGCUGAAAUUUCUGAUAAGGGUCGUUAGAAAAAAAUAAAAUAAAAAAUCAAGCCCCACAACCAUCAUUAUAAACCAAGUGAAUUCCUCAUCCCCUACUCAUUAUCCACCAGAUUUCUUUUUCUUUUUACCAAAAAAAACUUCCUUUUUCAGUCUUCAUCUUCAACCUUAAGCUUCAAAAAUCCAUGGAUCUUCUGAAAUCUCUCAACAAAGCCACCAGUGGUGGAAAUGACUCAGAGAACCAUGCACAAGGCCACCACCAACAAAAACAACAAUCCAGCAACAGUGAGCUUCUCUCCAGCGCAAAGCUGAUGGCGGAGGCUGCAAAAUCCUCCUACGGUGGUGAGUCCGACAAGGUGGACAAAGCCAAGGUCGCCGCUGCCGGAGCAGACCUUCUAGAUGCAGCGUCUAAGUACGGGAAGCUGGAGGAGAAAAGCUUCGGGAAAUACGUGGAAAAGGCGGAGGAAUAUCUCCACAAUUACCACAAUACCCAUUCCUCCACCACUACUGGCGGUGGUGUACCUAGACAUGGCCACUCUGACUCGGCCCCACAAACUGGGCAUACGACACACUCAGCUCCGUCGCAUGAAGGUGGUGGUGGUGGUGGUGGUCAUCCUGACAGUGGUGACGGUGAUUCUGGGAAUAAGUAUGGGGAAUACUUUAAGGCAGCAGAGGGUUUCUUGAAGAAACACUGAUAUUAUUUAGCUUUUAAGGAAGUAAAAAACAAAAUAUAUAUAUAUAUAUAUAUAUCUAGGGGUAUCCUUAGCUUUUAAUUCUGUGUAUUAAUUUAAUGGCUACUUCUGUAUUUCUGUAUCUCUUUUUGAGGUAUUAAAUAAGGGUAUCCUUAGCUUUUAAUUCUGUGUAUUAAUUUAAUGGCUACUUCUGUAUUUCUGUA